AUGAAAGAAAACGACGAUUCAAAGGCUGUCCGAAAAGAACUCCAAGAACUUGAAGAAUGCGAAGGUCCAAAAUUCUUCCAGCAACUAAAGGAUGAAAAGGCCCAAAUGCUCCGCGAAAUCGAAAUCUGCAAAGAAAAAAAGAAGAUAGCAGGGAUGGCUGCUAAGGUCUACAGAGAGCUGGGUCAGCAGAUUGUCAGGGACGUUCGUACGGGAGGACUGAGAAAGAAAACGACGAAGAAUCUUCUGACGCAAAAGAGUCUCGUUGCUCCCGAGAUCAUUUUGGAAGAUAUCAUUUCCAAGCCGAGUUCAACUGUUCUUUUCCGUUCUUCUUGA